AUGUCAACACCACCCGUGCUAGGCAAGUCAAAUGGAAACUGCACCCAAUACAGACCUGAGUGCAUUGGCGAGAAGCAGCAACAACUCUUUUACACGGGCCUUGCCCUUACUGCACUGGGAAUUGCUGCUCACUCAGCUUGCUAUGCGCCCUUGGCACGGGAGCAAGUAGAACAGACCGGUACUAGCAAGAAGGUUGGCUGUCGCUCCAACUUAGUGGCUCUUGCUGCGCUCUUAAUAGCCGCCUUCGUCAAGCCAUGGGCUACACUAUUUGGAAUUUGCGCCAUACUUAGUUUGGUGUCUUUCCUUGUUUGCUUGAUCUUGAGUGUGAUAUCAUGUUCAAAGAACCCUGUAACGAGGCCACAAGGGAGCCCCCUUACUACAAUCUUUCGUGUUCUUUUUGCUGCUUCCUCCAAGAGCUUCGUUCCGCAGCCACAUGACACCAAUGACCUCUAUGAGAAGCUUGAUCCUAACCAAGAAGAAUUGCCUCAUACAAAGAGCCUCAGGUGUCUAGACAAGGCUGCAAUUAUCAAAGCAGAGCCAGCAUUAGAGCAACAGGAGAUGAAGAGAUGGAGGCUUUGCAAAGUAACUGAAAUUGAAGAAACUAAGAUAUUUAUACGCACAAUUCCUAUAUGGAUGACCUUCAUUGUCUCUGGUUUUAUAUCAUCCUUAGGUGCUACCUACUUUCUUGAGCAAGCAAAUAGCCUAGACCCUCGUGUUGGUUCGGCGAAAGCCCCUCUUAUACUCUUCUUGUGGUUCUAUGACCACUUCAAGAGAAGCUUUACUGCUGUCUUUCUUAUGAUGUUUUCUAUAAGUGGUCGUUACAUACCACGGAUUGGAAUCAUUGUAGCAAUGGUGUACGCUAUACUCUCUUGUAUUGCAGCAGCAAAGAUAGAGACAAGAAGGCUUGGAGUUGUUCGAAGUCAUGGCUUAAUUGACAGGCCAGACGAAAGAGUGCCUAUGACAAUAUUUUGGCUUUUGCCUCAAUUUGCGUUGCUUGGUGGCCUUGAUGGCAUUCAUCGGUUGUGUGCUUACGCGUUUUCGUUUGAUCAAGCCCCUACCUCAAUGAUCAAGUACUUCAGCCUUUUCGCGAAAGGAUUUUUCGGACUUGGAUGA